AUGGCAACCAAAGCAUAUGACGCGUCUAAUCUGAAAGCAUAUGGCAGUGCUGCUGCUGGUCACGAUGGUGUCCUCAGCGACGAGUCUGGUGGUGUAGUAGUAAAGCCCUGCACCCUUGCAGAGAUCAACUUCUACGAGUCCCUCACCGACCACCCGGACCUCGCGCGUCACCUCCCCACCUUCAUGGGCCAACUCUCCCUCUCAGCCGACCAAGCCGCCGCUACCGAGUCUGUCGAAAGCGGCACCAUACAAACGGCCGACGGUACAAUUGAGCGUUUGCAUGGCAAGAAACUCGCUACAGAUCUUCACAUCGUGCUAGAGAAUAUUACACAUGGGUUCAAGAAACCGAAUGUUCUGGAUCUGAAGCUUGGCGCGCAGCUGUGGGAUGAGGCUGCGAAGCCGGAGAAAAGAGCGCGUCUAGAUGCCGUAAGCAAGGAGACCACAAGCGGCAGUCUAGGGUUUAGGAUAGCGGGUAUGCGCACGUACAAGGGUAGUGAUGUACCCGACAUCCCCGAAGACCUGAAGGAGUAUGUGGAAACGGACAAGGAAGACGGAUAUUGGGUGUACAACAAGAUGUAUGGACGCAAAUUCAGCGCUGAGAACGUGAGUGAAGGCUUCACAGACUACAUCUUCCCUGGUGCAAAGUCAGAAGCAGAGCUCGAUCGGGCGAGGGAGGUGCUCGCCUACUUUCUGGGAGAGGUCAAGGACAUCCAAGAGGUUUUUGAAAGCAAAGAGAGCAGGAUGUACAGCGCAAGCAUACUACUGGUAUAUGAGGGUGACGUAGACGAGUACGCAAAUACCAAGCAGAAGCUACGAUCUGCACAUCCGGAAGAUGAGGAUGAAGACGAUGAAGAGACUCUGCCUAAAUUGGCCGAAGUCAAGAUGAUUGACUUCGCGCACGCGACAUGGACACCGGGGCAAGGGCCGGAUGAGAAUUCGCUGCAAGGUAUGAGGAGCACGGCAAAGAUAUUGAAAGAGCUAUUGGACAAGGCGCAGCAUGACUAG